CCGACAUACUAUCUUUUUGAUCACAAGUAGUUAGUUUUAUUGUUCAUCAUGUCGUACAAUCAAAUUAUUUCCAAGAAGACCGUCAGCAAAAUCAUCAAAAACGGCCGAGAGGUUACGAUCUCGGUGGCAACGAAAACUAGCCAUUGGAUACGUCCUGACGUUGCUGCCGAUGCAGUCGGGGACGCUUUUACUAAGGCGGUGGAGGGAUACACUGGGGAAUUACCUGCUGAUACAAAAGACGUCUGCGCGAGAGAGUCCGAGCAUUCGAGCACUGAUCCCAGAGACCAUUUCACUGGAGUCUGCUUCAACUCGAAGAACGAAGGACAAAGUGUGCACUUUCCGACUAAGAAAUGAUCAUACGAGCCUUCUUUCUUCUACGCAGCGUAAGUAUUCACAUGAAUUUGUCUAUAGUGUGGAAGGGCGUAAAGCGUCUUUGCAGCUGUUGUCCAUGCGUGAGUCGUGACUCUGUCAAGCAAUGCAUGCGCAUGGUUACAUGAAUAGGUCCAAUCACCUGGGUUGAUUUGGUCUUAUCGGUUUUGGAGUGGACGUUUGGAUUUCAUAAGUUGGAUAUUUUAGUGCUUCAACUAAUGAGAUGCAUGGGUUUAAGUC